AUGGGAAAGAGCGUUUUGAGAACCAGGGAGACUGACAUUUCGUCGAAGACGGCUACAGUUCGAAACAGAACCUUCUCGCCAGUUCGUCCUCGUUCCGUGACCAUGAAGAGCGAUCAAAAGCUAAGAGUUGUGCCGCCAGUUCCUCGUCCGCGAUCAACUACCUUCUCAUUGGAGGAGUUUCACCGCGUAACAGCGGAGAUCCGGUUAGAAAGUGAGGAAAAGCGCGAAGCUAACGAACAUGAUGCGCGACGCGAGUCAGACAGCGCCGCUAGAAUGAUCGAAAAGAAAAACCGAAGGAUGAAGAAGUUUGAGCAGGCCUUUGCGAGGGAAUUCAAAUGA